CGACAAGCUUGCGCUUGCAUACUGCCUCAUACUCGCACCCACAAGGCGCUGCUGGUGUUCAAAAACUAGUACUGCGUACUUUAGACAGGCGCCGAGUUUAUUGCCUAGCACACGACGCCUGCAUAUUAUUCUCAUCUCAUACCAAGUUAGCCGUCCAAUUGCACUAUCCCGGUGACAAUUCACGUCCGCAUAUCCAGCCACCUCCGUCACAAUGGAGGAUCCCUGGGCCGACUCGGCCGGUAGUUCGGCGCCCCUCGGUUCGUCCUCACUGGGCGACGACAACAACAACGCUGCUCCACCUGCAGAUGCUCCCGCCUCUUCCGGAACGACGACAACCACGGCAGGGGCAACGUCAUCCCCCACAGCCUCUGCCCGCCCCUCACGGUCGACGCCCCGUCGCCUUGUCGCGCAGCCAACCCGUCUUCAAGCCGUCGAGGACGACCCCCUCGGCCCACUCGGCCCGCUCGGCGCCCCUUCAGCAGCAGCAGACAACGACGAUGCCGCGCUGCCAUUGCCGCGUGGGACGGCGGCAGGCAAGGCAGGAGGAGCCAGCGGCGCACCCCCAGUUCCGCCGGUCAAGGAGCAACUCCCGCUCCGCACGACCAUGGCGACGGCCGCCGGCGCCAAGCGGGCAGCUCCUGGCCCGCCGGAUCCGCAUCGCAUCGAUGACGACGAUGACGAGGAUGGGGAUGAUCGCCUGUUUGCCAGUCAGAGACCCAGACAGCCGCCGCCUGUCCAGCCCGCGCUGCCGAGCCCCGUGCGCAGCUCCGUCCAGCCAAGCGUGAGCGUUGAGCAGGCGGCCAAGCCGAGUUUUCAGAUUACGGUUGGGGACCCGCACAAGGUCGGGGAUCUGACGACAAGUCAUAUUGUUUACUCCGUCAGGACAGAGACGACGUCGAAAGCGUACAAGCAGCCCGAGUUUGAGGUCAAGCGUCGCUAUCGCGACUUCCUGUGGUUGUACAACACCCUCCAUGCCAACAACCCGGGAGUGGUGGUGCCGCCGCCGCCCGAGAAGCAGGCGGUGGGCCGUUUCGAGAGCAAUUUUGUUGAAUCGCGCCGUGCGGCGCUGGAAAAAAUGCUGAACAAAAUCGCCGCGCACCCGACGCUGCAGCUCGAUGCGGACUUGAAGCUGUUUCUGGAGAGCGAGGCGUUCAAUAUUGAUGUCAAGCAUAAAGAGCGCAAGGAGCCCAACUUGGGGGAGAGCAAGAGUGUGCUUGGGUCGCUGGGAUUCAGCGUUGGCAGUGGGAACAAGUUCGUGGAGCAAGAUGAUUGGUUUCACGAUCGCAGGGUCUACCUUGAUGCGCUGGAGAAUCAGCUCAAGGCUUUGCUCAAGGCCAUGGACAGCAUGGUGGCGCAGCGCAAGGCCAUGGCCGAAGCCGCCGGCGACUUUUCCGCCUCGCUGCACGCACUGUCGACAGUAGAGCUGUCUCCAACACUUUCCGGGCCCCUCGACGCUCUCUCGGAGUUGCAGCUGACGAUCCGCGACGUCUAUGACCGGCAAGCCCAGCAGGACGUGCUUACCUUUGGCAUCAUCAUCGAGGAAUACAUCCGGCUGAUUGGGAGCGUCAAGCAAGCCUUCUCACAGCGCCAAAAGGCGUUCCACAGCUGGCACAGCGCCGAGUCGGAGUUGCUGAAGCGCAAAGCAGCCCAGGACAAGCUCCUGCGCCAGGGCAAGAGCCAGCAGGAUCGACUUAACCAGGUCAACGCCGAGGUUGCCGACGCGGAGCGCAAGGUGCACCAGGCCCGGCUGCUAUUUGAAGACAUGGGCCGCCUGAUGCGGUCUGAACUGGACCGAUUUGAACGCGAGAAGGUGGAGGAUUUCAAGUCGGGUGUUGAAACUUUCUUGGAGAGCGCAGUAGAAGCGCAGAAGGAGUUGAUCGAGAAAUGGGAAACCUUCCUUAUGCAACUCGACGCGGAAGACGACGAAACCGUCUUUUAUCGGCCCCCGGUUGUCCAGACCAACAAGCCGGCGGGAGACACAGCGGUAGACCGAGCCCGGGCGAGGAUUGAUGAAGACUCAGAUUAGGUGUUUGUCAGACGCGAUGGCGUCUCGUCUUCUGGGCCCCAAUGAUACCUUGCGAUGCUCAACUUGAAUGGUAGGUACGCAUGCAUGUUACAAUGGGUUGCAUCAGAUGGAUGGGAUUCUGAGCCGGAAUAGCCUCGGUAAUGUCUACGCAAUACCUCCAAGCACCGCUGGGAGUCCUCUACUCGGUUUUCGAUGCUGGCAGCGACUCGGCAGUACUAGUAAGAUACCUAUUCAUGGUCAGCGCUGUUUUGCGAUAGUAUCCCCCGAUGUUAGGAGGAUUCUCCAUUCCGGUUAUGUGUACAUGCAACUAGAAAGGAAAGCAUUGUGUAUGUAUUAGCUGUUGCGCCGUUCUAUCUCCAUCGUGG